CCCAGCAUAUCCUGGUUUUCAAGUACCCCGCAGGGAUAGGGCUAAGUUACAACAUUCCAUUUAAACAUUGCUUACAAAGAAAGAGACAUUAAGAACGACAUAAAACUCAAAAAAGAUUGGUUUCCUCACUUCGAAUGAUUUCUAAAUGAUUUUGCAAAAAAUAAGAAAAAAUAUUACAAUUAGCUUCGACCAAAAACGUAGCGGAAAAUAUUGAAUUAGUUUUGUUUAGUCGUCUCUUGAAGUGUCCCCCUUCGUAUGUAGCCCUGUAGGUUAGCCCUGUUUCCUCACAAUGGAAAAAUUAAUUUUAGAAUUAUAUAUUUUAAUUUUUGGUAAAAUUUUAUUUAUCAUUUCAUGAGUAUCACUUUUUUAUGAAUUUUCAGCCUAUAUAUUUCUUUAUUAUUACUUAAUUGUAUUGUGAAAACAUUUAGUGUUGGAAACACGUUACAUGUAACUUGAUGGACAUUUUUGAAAUAAACUACUAUCUUUUUGAAAAUCAUGAAAAUUUAUUGCUUAAUAUGUCGUUGACUGCAUGUAAAUUGUAAAAAACUAUUGUAAUUUCCGUGAUAACUAUAUUGCAUUUUUGUGAUAAGAAAUUUAUCUAUAACCGAUAGUGAACACCUUUUUGCGUUAUUUCAGACAAAAUGAACAGUAAAGGAAGCAGGCUUCUUGGACAGUGGACAGCUAUCUUUAGACUGAAUACCUGGGGAAUUCAAGGAUUCUCAUCCUUUCAUCUUCAACCAAGCUAUUUUCCAAAGGCCCUUGUCUUAAAACCCCUGAGAUCAUGUGUUUGGAGGAAUGAGCAUGUGAUGGGGGUUUCCUCCGGUAUUCACCUUCCCAAUACCGUAGAUUUCAACGAUGUAAAGAAGCAUAUAGCGAAUGGAACUGCAUUGAUUGUUGAUGUACGUAAUCAAACUGAACUGGUUGAAGAUGGAGUCUUGCAAGGUGCUGUUCAUAUCCCUCUCAAAGAAGUGGAGGUUGCAUUUGCGUUGAAUUCGGACUCAUUUCUUGAAAAAUAUAAGGUCCCGAUGCCAAAAUGUGAGGAUCCAAUAAUAUUUUCCUGUCUGGCAGGAAUUAGAGCUUCUAAGGCUGAAACAGCUGUGAAUCUUCUUGGUUUCUCUAACACAGCUGUUUAUACUGGAAGUUUUGCUGACUGGAGAGAACAGAAUAAAUAGUCUCAAUAUUCCGAUUAUAUUUUAGGAAGUCUAGUUUAAAAUAUUUAUAAAUAAAGAAACUGAUUUUU